UAAUUUUAUUUUAUUUUAUUACCCUAUGAAUACAUGUUUUAUUAAAUAUAAAAAAAUAAAGCAUUUUUAUUCAAAAUCAUUGAAACCAUUCUUAUCAUUAAUUUCCAUAUGAACAAAGAUCUUCUCAAUUUGGGCAACAACCCAGCAUCUCAUCCACUCCUGACCAAUCGGCUGCUUUCAUUUGUGAGAGGAGAGGCUCUGUGAUACCAAUAAAAAGCUCUAAUGUAAUACAUUUUUUUAUUAAGUCUGCAACCUGACAAUUUUCCAAAUAUUAUUUGUGGAGCAAAGGCAAUACAAACUUCAUCUCCAUGUUCGAGUGGACAGAUGCUGAGCGCAGCGCCAUCACAUCCCUGUGGGGGAAGAUUGAUGUGGGUGAAAUCGGACAACAGGCUCUCACCAGACAUCUGAUCAUGUACCCCUGGACUCAGAGACACUUUGCAUCAUUUGGUAACCUCUCCACCAACGCUGUCAUCCUCGGAAACCCCAAGGUGGGGCAGCAUGGAAAGGUUGUAAGUGGGCUGGAGAGCGCAGUGAAGAACAUGGACAACAUCAAGAACACUUACACAAAGCUAGAACUCCACGUGGAUCCUGACAACUUCAGGGUAUCCCUCUAUGAAACCACAAAUGCACUGGCUGAGUGCAUCACCGUGUGCAUCACUGCCAAGUUUGGUCCUCAAGUCUUCACUGUUGGAGAGCAGGAGGCCUGGCUGAAGUUCCCCGUGGUGGUUUCCGCUUUGAACAGACAGUGCCACUAGUCUCCUGAGAGGCACUUCCACAAGAAAAUUGACAGGAAAGUUACUGUGCCUUCCUCAGUCUACAGCAAACUCCAAAUAAAAUCAAAAUAAAACUCAUGCCACCAUGUGUUCUGUCGUUUCUAUCAUUCUGUUUGGAGAAAGCCUACUGGAGAAUUUUUUGUUGUUUUUUUUGCUCCCAAACUAAAAAAAAAAA